GAGAAAGAUAGAAAUGACAAAAGCCGGUCGAUGCAUCAGGGAAUGACGUUGGCUCAUUAAAUUCAACUUACAAGUUGUGACGUCAUCUAUCACUCACGUGAUCAACGUCGUCGCACCACGUGAUUGGAACCAGUAAUGGCCGCCGCCGACCAGAGCGUCCGCGAAUGGGAGAAAUACGUCAACCAGUUCAACAUCCAGGGCGUCCUCAAGGAGUGUGUCGUGCAACUGUGCAUGUCACGACCCGACAACCCGUUCAAAUUCAUCAAAGAACACUUCGAACUUCUCGAACAGAAACACGAGCAAGCGACGGGAAGCUUACAGAAGGCGCAGGUGGUGACUGCUGGCGGUGCUGCGUUGCCUCCCGGCGACCAUGACGUCACGGAUGACAACACGGCGAGACCGAAAGGUCCGCGAGGACGCCGAGGAGCAGUCAGUGCUGGAGUGGUGACGGAAGAAGAUGCCGUGAGCUACGUGAAGAAGGUGAUACCUAAGGAUUAUAAGACGACGAAUGCGCUUGCUAAGGCGAUUCAGAGGAAUAUCUUGUUUCAGCAUUUGGAUGACAGCGAGAGAAGGUGUGUUGACGACCCGGUUCACAAAAAACGUUCGUUACGUUACACUCUGUUGGUGCAUGGUGCUGCAGAGCCGUAA